AUGCUUGCUGUAACCCCCGACGACUUCCCGUCUCAUCGAGGCCCUGAAGACCAAGAGAGUCCCGGACAUCGCCUGUGGCUCGUCCCACAGUGCUGCCAUCACCUCCAGGUGGAGAACUGCAUAGCUGGGUCUGGGGGGAGUACGAACGCCUUGGGACACGGAGACAACACCACGCAGCUACGUCCCAAACUGGUGAAGGUGCUUCUGGGUCACCGUGUGGUCCAGGUGGCUUGUGGGAGUAGAGAUGCCCAAACUCUAGCCCUGACAGAUGAAGGCCUGGUGUUCUCCUGGGGCGAUGGGGACUUUGGGAAGCUGGGUCGGGGGGGCAGCGAGGGCUGUAAUAUCCCCCAGAACAUCGAGAGGCUGAAUGGGCAGGGAGUCUGUCAGAUAGAGUGUGGGGCUCAGUUCUCCCUGGCUCUCACCAAGUCUGGAGUGGUCUGGACAUGGGGUAAAGGGGACUACUUCCGCCUGGGCCACGGGACAGACGUCCAUGUGCGUAAGCCUCAGAUGGUGGAGGGGCUGAGGGGGAAGAAGAUCAUCCACGUGGCCGUGGGGGCGCUGCACUGCCUGGCUGUCACCGAGACUGGACAGGUGUUUGCGUGGGGGGACAACGACCAUGGCCAGCAGGGUAACGGGACCACCACGGUGAACAGGAAGCCCACCCUGGUUCAGGGUCUAGAGGGACAGAAGAUCACCCGUGUUGCCUGUGGCUCCUCCCACAGCGUCGCCUGGACCACCGUAGAUGUCACCACCCCCUCUGUCCACGAGCCUGUCCUCUUCCAGACUGCCAGGGACUCUCUAGGGGCAUCUUACUUAGGCGUCCAGUCAGACAGUGACUCCUCGGCGGUGAACAAUAAACUGAGUGGCCACAGUAAUGGUGUUAGACCCAACCGCCCCUCUCUGGCUAAAAUACUACUGUCUCUGGAUGGGAACCAGGCCAAGCAACAGGCCCUGUCCCAUGUCCUCUCAGCCCUACAGAUCAUGUAUGCCAGGGAUGCUGUGGUUGGUGCCCUGAUGCCAGCUUGUAUGAUGGUCCCCAUGGAGUGCCCCCCCCCUGACUCAUCCUCAGCAUCCAGCCCCUCUGAGUCAGAGGGGCCCCCUGUUCCCACAGAGGUGGAGGAGAGGGUCAGCCCUAACCCCUGGCAGACAGACAAGAAUGGAGAGGUGACCUCCUCAGAGGAUGCUGUCACCCCCUCAUCAGCUGUGACCCCGUCUACUGCUGCUUCCUCUCGACCUUUCAUCCCGGUCACGGACGACCCCGGAGCCGCUAGCAUCAUCGCAGAGACCAUGACAAAAACUAAAGAGGUGAGCUCUACCCCCUCCCAGUGACUGGCCCUCUACCCCCUCCCAGUGAC